UUGGCCCGCUAGUUGAUGAAAAGGGGGCGUGCACAAAGGCCGGGUAUGCCGCUCCCCCACACAGACGCAGUCCGCUGGAUAAAUCCCUCUGGCCCUGGAAUCUGCAUAAUGCCAUGCAGGUCCGACGUGUCCCGAGUGCCAGUGAUUUUACACUCCCAGCAGCAGACGGACAGCGUUUUAAGGUCGCAUAAGAAUCCUCCAACAUUUGCUAUGGAGGACUUCGAAGAAGAAAAGAUCCUACGGUCAAGGAUAGAAGAGCAGUCAAACUUGAUAUCACUGCUGAAACACAGAGCAGAGGAAACGCUUCAUCGAUAUCUUGCCAUGCAGAACAUCAACUCAGAACUCGAAGUCCAAGUUGCACAUCUGCAGAGGGAAUUGGCCAGCAAAACAGAGCAUGCAGAGGCAUUGAAAAUCAGAUGUAUUGACUUGGCCGCUGACAAGGACGCCAUGGAGCUUCAAAAAAGGCAUAAUGUUCAGUUAACAACAGAAAACCAACAGCUUCGAAAGGAUUUAGCCGCAUGUGAGUUGAAACUCCAAGAACAAGCAGCUCAACACAAAAGCAGAGAGGAUUCCUUAUUGGGUCAGCUGUGUGAUGCUCAACAGCGCCACACUGAUGCUGUGGAAAUGUGUGAAGAUUUUAAACAAAAGCUUGAAGUGGUGGAAAUCACAGAAAAUAUCAAAAAAGAGAAAAACAAAUUUCUGAAAAAGAAGAAAAACAAAACUUUACAGGAAAAAGAAGAGGAAAUUCUUCAACUUGAAGUAAAAUGGAAAGAAGAGAAAAAAGCUCGGAUUGAGGCACAGAAAAGGUUUGAAAUGGAGGCAGAAGCAGUGAAUACAGAUUCAAGAGUAAAAUCUCUGGAAUCAGCCCUUGAAGAAUGCAAGGCAAAAUUAAAAAAACUAACCAUGGAUUUCAAAGCCUUCACAGAGCACACCACCAACCUUCUUGAGAGGGAAAGAAACUUGAACAAAAGACUUCAAGAUAUGAUUAGACAAAUCUAAUAUCCAGUGUCUUACAUUGCAACUCUUUGAAAAAAAUAAAUAAAUAAAUAUCCUUUAAAAGGAGUGCUCAAAAAUGCAAAA